CACCAGAUAAACUAAAUUUAUCCUUAGAUCGUAGUAGUAGCUGAUAUCUAGUUGGUGGUUUAUGACACUUUGUUUUGUCAGAAUUUUGGUCCUCAAUCUUUUCCCGUUUCAGAUCGCAGCAUCAUUAUAUUACGUAGUUUCUACUGUACAUGUUCGUCGCUUCAGAUUAUCCUUCUGUCAACAGUCAUAAUGGAAAGUCUUGAAGGGCAGAACCACAACAGUGCUUCACAGUGCUCUCUAGUGCAGGUGGCAACUAGAGCUAAAUCAAUUGACAGGGAGUCCAAACAAGACGUUUCAAACCCACAGAAGAGAAGAGAGGUUCCCCCUAGACGAGCUUGCAGAAGAAAUGCCAAUGAUGUGCCGCCAGAGGCAACAGGCAUUCCCCAAAUAGAGCAAGUGAAACCAGAAGCUCCCUGUAAUCUGACUGCAGAGCCCAUGUCAACAACUCUCUACCAGACCAAUCAUGGCCAGUUCAUUGCUUUCACCCCUGGAGGUGCUAUUCAGCUUUCUGAGACUAUGCAGGGUCUGCAGCCUCUGACUAUGACCAACAAUGGACAGUCUGCCACUGUUGUUCAGUACUCUGCACAGUCAGGGGAUAACAGUCAACAAUACUACCACAUGCCGGGCAACAAGGUGAUGGUGCAAGCUGCCACCGGUGACAUGUCGGCCUACCACCUCCAGACUCCCACCUCCAGUCUGCCCCAGGGCGUGGUGAUGGCGGGCUCGCCCGGCCCCACACGCAACCCUCAUCAGCUGGUCGAGGACGCCACGCGCAAGAGGGAGGUCCGUCUCAUGAAGAACCGGGAGGCUGCCAAAGAGUGUCGUCGGAGGAAGAGGGAGUACGUCCGUUGCCUGGAGACGCGUCUCACCAUGCUUGAGGCUGCCAAUAAAAAGCUGAUGGACGAUCUUCAGUACUUCCACGAAGUAUACGGCUCUAAGACAGGUUAGGAGAGCAGGAAAACAGAUGUUAUCUUUUCACACACGUUACUGAACAUUGCUAACAUCAAUGCCUUUGAAAACUUGCCUGUUAAUAACAUUCCUCUGCAAUCGGUUUAGAUUUUCAUGGAUUGAAACACAGCUUCAAGCUUUUUGAAAUGUCAAGUAUUUGUCCCCAAAAUACUAAAUUGUCUGCACGAUUCGGGUUAGAUGACCCAUCAGGGAAAUGACCUCCUGUGGGGGGUUAUGUUACAAUCAGAAGCUGAAGUCCUGACACUAAUGUUUGGUUUAGAUAACUGUGAUAACUUAUAAUACUGAGGCCUCAGCCUACCUUACCUUCGCUGUCAUUAAACAGAGACACCUACUGUACCAGCAGAAAGCCUAACGGCAUUCCUACGAGUCAUUUAAUCUUUUUAAAGAUUGUUGUUUUAUUUAUUGGAUAUUUAUUAGGUUGUUGUCAGUCAUUGUUAUGUACUGUAGCUUUGACUUUGUAUUUACAUUGUGUGCCUUUCUUUGCUUUUUAUCUUCCAAUGAGCCUUGUUGUUGUCUGAAUGUGAAUGAAUGUACUGUAUUUCUAUAAAGCUAAGCACAACUUGAAAAUGCUAAGAACACAGAGAGUUCCUUCACAAAGUGGUUAAUAUGUUUGUUUUGUUGGAUUCAGAUUAAAUUAUACUCUUGUUUCUAUUCAUUUAAACCUGCUUCGA